CAAAUAGUGUAUAAAUUGUACAAAAUGAAGUCAAAGUCCAAGUUUAGAAACGAGCGCCAGAAUGGACAGAGUGUUUUCUUGUUCGGUGGAAUCUCCCAGACCCCAUACCCAGACCCGACAGAAAAGAGUGUUUUCUGAUAUCGCCGACGAGUUCUGGCCGCUGCCCCCGUCCCCGUCGGAUCCGCUGUCCCACGCGUCGGAGAUCGGAACCGGGUCCCCUCCUUCCUCCUCCUACGGGAUGAUGAACAGCUGCUCCUCUGAGUGGAAAUUCCAGGGCUUUCUCCAGGAAGGCUCCAUCAUUGAUCAGAGCUUUCCUCAGGCCCUUCUGAUUGACUCUGCCGCCAAUGCUUCAUCUUCUACAUCUACUGCUCAUUCGCCACAACUGCAGCAGAUCCCCGCUACCAGUCGAAAUCCGAAUGACAAUGUGACGACGUCUGGUGCAGCAGCUGCGGCGAAGGCAAUUAACAUCAGGCCUCAAAAUUCAGCCGCUGUGCCGCCAUGUAAGGGUUCAUCGGUCUCUAAUUCAUUUGAACAAGGAUCACAGGUACCAUCUAAAGGAUUUGUACAUAAUUUGCCAAUGGUGGAAGAGGAGGCUAGAGUGCCACCGGGUAUACCCUCCUUGCCUGCAGUACAGAAGAAAUCUGCUACACAGGCUCGGUCAACAAUUAGUGGGUCAGAGCAGUCAGAUGAUGAUGAAGCGGAAGGAGAAGGCGAAGCUGAAACAACUCGGCACGGGGACCCAGCAGAUGUGAAACGUGUAAGGAGAAUGAGAUCUAACAGAGAAUCAGCUAGACGUUCCAGGAGUAGAAGGCAGGCCCAUCUGACAGAACUGGAUACACGGGUGUCUCAGUUGAAAAUUGAAAAAACAUCUUUGGAGGAUCGUUUGACAGAUGUGAGAUGUAAAUACAAUGAGGUUGUGAUUGACAACAGAGUCUUGAAAGCAGAUGUUGAGACACUAAGAGCAAAGGUUAAGAUGGCAGAGCAAACAGUUAAAAGACUAACAGGUUUGGAUCCACUAUAUCAAGCGACAUCUGACAUGUCCAGAGUUAGCAUGCAAUCCUUUACUGGCAGUCGUGCUGCACCAUCAAUUGAUGCUCGUGCCGCUCUACCAAUUCAUAAUGGGUCCAGCCAUAACUUUUAUCAGAGCCCAUCAAGUGCUCCCAUUCAGCCCCUUGAUCAUCCAAGUCCAGAACAGCUUGGUAGGCAUUCUGCAAAUAGAUGACUCCAGCAUCAAUGCAGCAGGUGGCUAGCUUGGAUCAUGUACAAAAUCAAUAUCCUGGAUAAGUAGGGGUGUUUGUGGAAAUCCGCAUACACAUGAAUGAUGUUGAAUUCAUUUUUUAAAAGUUCAAUUAAUUGUGUGUGAGAAAAGAUACAUAUUUUAGCUGUUGUAACGUUUAUAUGCUUGAGAAAAUUCC